GUCAAUAAGUGAUGAAAUGUUUUGAACAUUUGUUUUGAUGUUUUGAACCUUUAAAUCACAAUUCAUUAGUGUUUUCAUUGAAUUGAUGUCCAAAUCAUUGAAAGGCUUUUCGGCGACCAUUCGUGCCGUCAAUAACGCCAACAAAUCCAAGAAAUUGGUGUCCAAUAGAUCUGCUAUUGUUUUGACGUCAUCGGCGGUGAAUCGGAUCAAAGAGCUGAUCGCUGGCAAAGACAAUGUGAUUGGUCUUCGGAUUGGUGUCAAACAGAGAGGUUGUAAUGGUUUGAGUUAUUGUCUCGAUUACGCCACCGAUAAGCAGAAGAUGGACGAAGAGGUGGCUCAGGAUGGUGUGCGCGUAUUGAUUGACUCGAAGGCACAGUUGUCUCUAUUGGGCACUGAAAUGGAUUUCAUCGAAACAAAGCUCUCCUCAGAGUUUGUGUUCAAUAAUCCAAACGUGAAGGGAAUGUGCGGUUGCGGUGAGUCCUUCACCAUCUGAUCCAUCACUUGCCGCACACAUCGCGGUUCACAUCUUUUCCGUACAACUGUUUGCUAAUAUUUGUAGAUAUUUUAUAACAAAACUUAGUUUUAAGUUAAUUUUAGGUUUGAAUGAAUGAAUUAAAUAGAAGUACAAAAUAUAACAAUAAAUUUAUUUUAAAAACUUUAAACCAAUACUUGAUUAAAGCUUUUAAUGAAAUGGUUUU